CAUCCAUGAUGAAUCGUUCGAACCGUUCGUUCGUGUGGGACUACUUUGAGAACCUGGACCCGGAAUCGGCCGUGUGCAAGUUGUGCAUGAAGGUGCUGCGACGCACGCACUCCUCCACGUCGGCCCUGAGCAACCAUCUCCGCACCAAGCACGAGAUCCUCGAGGACAAGAAACGAGGCCGAGGCCAGACGAGUCAGCCUCCUUCCAAACGGAUCACCGCCCCCGCCACCUCCGCCGGAGGCUCCUCCAGCGCUACCCGUCGUCGUGCUUCGUCCGCCCAACUCAGUCAGGGCGUGGUCAUCUCCUCGACGCAGGAAUUUAUGGACACGAUCGAGGAGCCCGAAAGCGUGGAGGUCAUCCUAGCUAAGCUGGUCACGGUCGACGAGUUCCCGCUGAGUUCCGUCAUCCGGAGUGACUUUGUGCGCGAAGUCCUGGCCGCCAAGCACCUCCAUCUGCCUACUCACGACGAUGAAUUGGCCCUGAUCCUCAUCCAACACGCCCACCAUCUCCGCAGCCAGGCUAUGGAAGAGUUGGCCGAUUUGGCCCGCAUCCACAUGAAGUUCAGCUUGUCGCUGAGCGAGUGGCAAUCCGGCGGCGGACAGCGGUAUUUCGGCGUCAAUUGCCACGGCCACGGCAUGUCCUACAGUUUGGGCAUGAUCCGCCUGGUGCCCGAUAUGCGGUCUGAAGCCGUUUGGACGGCUGUUCGGCGGAAAGUCCGCGAGUUUGGCCUGGAUGCCCAUCGGGAUAUCGUGGCCGCCACCACGGAUGAAUUGUCAUUGGGUCCUGACCAUCAGUCGUGUCUCGCGCACGGCAUUCAUCAAGCCGUGUUGAAAGUGCUCUACCCGUCCUGCCCCUCCUCGCCCUCUGCCACCGCCACCGAAAGUGAGCCUCAGCCCCAUCCGUCGGCCCAGUACCCUGCCCAAGACAGGUCUGAUAUGGCGGAAGAGGGUCCGAAAUUGGUGGCCGUCAUCGGCCAACUCAUUGAUCGCACCCAUGCCGCCCUUCACGAUUAUAUGUCCUCCGAAUGUCAGAUCGACCCCGUGGUCGAACAGGGCCUAGAUCAGGUGCUACUUUUGAGCUGGUACACGCCUUGGACCGGUCUGCUCAAUAAAGUGGAGAGCCUGUUGGGUCUCAAGCCCGCCCUGAGUUCGAGGGUGGCCAUCUCGGAGGCGGAUUGGACGGCCUGGCAACACUUGAGUGAACUAUUGCGCCCGUUGCAAAUGAGCCUGGAUGCGUUGAGUGCCAAGGACUCGACGUUGCUCUCGGCCGAUGGCGUGUGUGUCUUUAUGUUGCUGGCCCUGGAGAAGCUGAAAGGGCCCCUGGCCGAGCCCCUCCGACAAGCCAUCAAAGACAAUGUGACCCAAAGGCGACAGCACGAAUUAGUGAGUCUGCUCAAGUAUUUGAAUAACCCGCGAUCCCUCCGACAGGUCGAAAAGUAUCCGUUCCAACGCAUGCCCAUUCGCUCAGUCUUGGAACGGACGGCCUUUCGUCUGGGUUGCCGCCUCUUUCCUGAGCAUUACGACGAGUCCGAGGUCCAAGCGCCCGAUGCCGCGCCUAGCCCUGCUCCGGACGACCACUUUGAUCUGUCAUCCGAGUUGCAACGCUCCAUCGAUAUGGCCACCUACUCGGAGUCGCUGAGUCCCACCAUGCGCGAGCAGAUGAACUCGCUGGAAAGUAGUGGUCAGAUCGGCGAGGGCCUCCAGUUGAUUCAGCAGGCCCUGUCCACCCUCCCACCUACGUGCUUGCAGAUGCGACGCUGUGUGCCGGGCAGCCAUCAGAGCGGGUUCGAACAUUUCGGUCACGGUCAUCCGGCUCGACUUCUGGACGCCUUAAUUUUCCUGAAAGGUUAUUAUGAUCAGCGGGGUUGAACGCGAACUCGCCUUCAUGUGAUCUCAGUCUGGGAACGCGUAUGUGCCCAUCCAUGGUUCGAUCCUGGACCAGGGCUGAACUAGAAUGAGCAUGAACGUAUGAUGCAUGAGCCACGUGUACAUUCAAUAUAUUGCCUUAGUCUCGUAUCCAAAGAAGAAGUGACCACCUGGUGAUUAAAACGGUGGGAUUGGCGUUCCUCAGCCGAUCAUGCCAAAACCCAGGUCUUUGAAAGAUAGACGAUUAAGAAGUAAUACGAGAGGGCGAAUUUGAAAGUGUUUCACUGACGUAAAAAAAUCUUUAUUGCGAGAAAGCCUCAUUGGAUCCGUUAUGUUAACAAUAUUUUUUGUUAGCAUGUAUUGAGUCUUGUCCCAUUCUUUGAUGUUUUAGCGGAAACAAUCUUUUUCAUAACAUAUUGCUGAAA